AUGCCGUCGCACUGGUUCUUCGAAUUUAAAACUAAAAUUAAACGCAUCAAUUUAUUUCAAGAUAAUGAUAAAACAAAUGAAGAAGAUAUCAAAAAUCAGAAAAUAUCGACAAUUAUUUUUCUUAUCCUGUUUACAAUAUCAAUUAUUGCACUCUUUCUCUAUUCAUCCUUAACUCCUAUAACAAAAACGGUAGUUGUUAAACAACCUUUUUUAUCUGAUUAUAAACAAUUAGAAGAAAAAUAUUCAAAUACAUUAUUAUGUGCAUGUACAAGUGUUUCUAAUGAAUACAACAAAUUUAUAUCAUCAUUUACACCGACUUUCAAUCAAGUCUGCUCAAGUGAUUUUGUUAGUGAUGAAUGGCUCAAUUAUGUUAAUUAUCGUUUAUUACUUGAAACACAAUAUCAUUUUUAUCAGGAUUUUCGUCAUUCAGCUUAUGGAUUUUUUGCUAUGUUACGUACACUUUGUGUAUUAGCUAAACAAACAAUUGAUGAUGAAUUAGUUUCAUUCUAUUCUACAACUUUACUUACAGAAAACACCAUUUCAGAAGAUAUAUUUUUAGCUAAUAUAAAUGCAACUCGUGAUCAAUUUAUAGCUACAAGUGCAAAUGAUUUUAUAAUUACACUUGACUCAGUUCUAUUAAUAGGAGGAGUUAGUGUUUUCGUCAUCAAUCGAUUAGAAACAAAUUGGAAUUUAUUACUUUAUGUAUACCAGAACAUUUACUUUAGUCCAGAUUGGAUAAGUCAACUAUAUACAACAAAUGAAAAUUGUAUACAUGAAACCACUGUAUACUGUGGUACAACAACAGGUAUUUACUUAAAGAAACUUCUCAAUGAGACAUCAUCAUCUGAUUUGUUGUGGGGGCACCAAUAUGUAGCAGAAUCACAAUUUGAAGUUCCAGGUGUAUUUGUAAGUCCUUUCAUACUUGGUUCUGUUUUUCUAUCAAAUCUUUCAUGCUUAUAUAAUGAAAGUUGUUUAUCGAAACUGAACACAUAUUUAAAUGAUUCACUUUCUCCAUUUAAUGCAACGCCUUUAGCAAUACCUUCUUCUGCUCCAUUUCUUCCAACCAUUAAUGAUUUAGCCAAACAAUUAAUGGUGGAUUUUUGGCAGCUAAACUCAUCUUAUGGACAUUAUUUCAAUGCAUGCAAUCCAUUAACUUGCACAUAUACUUAUACUCAUCAGUUUGAUAUUCUUUUUAUUAUUACGACUGUUAUUUCAUUUAUUGGUGGAAUCGUAACAGUUCUUAUGAUCGUAAUAUUACCGACAGUGAAAUUCUUAAGAAAACAAGUUAAAACUUUCAACCGAUUGUUAUCAUCAUUAUCCGAAGUUGUACCAUAUGAAACUAAUAAUGAACGGCAAGCUGUUGGUGAUACCACUGAGCAAAAAGUUUCAUUAUUUGUUAGAAUAAAAAUAUUUUUGCUCAACCUUAACUUGUUCUCAGAUCCAGAUGAAAACAGUGAAUGGUACUUAUAUGGUCAACGUCUCUCAACUCGAUUCUUCAUCAUUUCAAUAAUUAUUGCAUUCUCGAUACUUAUUCUCUAUGCAUCCACAUAUUCUGUUACAAAAACGAUCAUCAUUAACAAACCUUCGAUCGGUGUCUAUUUAACUCUUCAAGAUAAAUAUCCUCAAACGUUGACCUGUCCAUGUUUAUCAACUACAACUGAACACUCUCAAUUCAUAUCAUUUCAACCUACACAACAUCCAGUUUGCCACUCAGAUUUUAUUACAGAUAACUGGACUAACUAUUUAGAAGUAUUGGGCAGUGGUGUUAUAGAUCAGUCCGAUUAUCGUUACAGUAAUCGAGCAUUCUUUCCAACUAUUUUAACAUUUUGUCAACUAUCCCAGAAAACAAUCAACAAUGAAUUAAUCAUAUUCAAUUCAACAAAAUAUGUUACAAAAUAUGCACAAGAAAUAGAUCUAUUUAAUUCUCAAACACAACAGCUCAUCAGUAAUAUGAAACAGACAACAGUGAACUCAUUUCAACUUUUAAUGUCAAUGUUCCGUCAAACAGUUUGGGGAAAUGCAUUGUUUUCUACUCUAACUUAUUACUAUACAUAUGACCCGACGGUUAAUUAUGAUUUUAACUCAACAAUAAAUCCUAAUGAUUUAAAUCUUGUAUUUUUUCCACGUUAUUAUCAAUCAAGCCUUAAUACAACAUGUUCAUGUAAAAUCCAUCCAACUACAUGCAAUCAAUUAUCUAGUAUCACUUAUACAAACGGCGCGUUGAUUAACGGUCUAUUUCCUGUUCCUGGUUCUUAUGUUGGUUGUUAUGCGAGUGAGUCAAUAUUUCGUUCUACUUUUCAAUGUUUUUUUGAUCAAAUAUGUUUACAAACAAUCUAUAACUUAAUACUUUCAAGAUCAAAAGUUCCAUUUAAUGCAACUGCUAUGCAAUCAAAUAGCACUCGUUAUAAUCUAACAGCAAGUGUACAAGAUAUUAUUGAUGAUUUAAUGAUUGAAGAGUGGAAUAAUGAAACGUCAUUUCAAUUUUAUUAUAAACAAUGCAAUCCAUAUUUAUGUUCAUAUUCAUAUGAUGUCAAAGGAGAUAUUAGUUAUAUAAUUGCAAUUACAUUUGGUUUAAUUGGUGGAUUAACAACUAUUUUAAAAAUAAUUAUUCCAUUUAUUGUAUUAACGAUUAGACGAUGGCGACAAAAAAGAAGAAUUGGUACCAAUCAAUCAAUGAUUAAUCACGAUAUACAAACAAUAACAAUAGGACAGAAAUUAAAAAUAAGUAUUUUAACAUUUAAUUUAUUUAAAAACCGAAACAAGAGAUUAGCAGAACAACUACAACAACAACGUUUUUCAACACGUUUUUUUCUCAUAAUUACUCUAAUUAGCUUAGUUAUUUUAGUAUUUUAUGUUUCUUUUGAAAAUAUCACACAUACAAUUAUUAAAAACAAUCCAACAAUUACUGAAUUUAAUAAACUUUAUCAAGAAUAUCCAAAUACUGUUCAAUGUCCAUGUGAAACAUAUUCAAUUACAUAUGAAGAAUUUAUUACAUUUCAACCUCAUUUACAUUCAAUUUGUUCAAGUACAUUUGUUGAUGAAACUUCAGAGUGGCUUAUAAUUGAUUAUCCACAAACAAUGUUAUCAGGUCACAAUGGAGGACCAACAUAUUCUACUCGAACAGAUGAUUUUCGACAAAUUGGAAGUCCAUUUUUUCAACUUUUAAAUUCAUUUUGUAAUUUAUCAUUUAAAACAAUGAAUGCAGAAUUAACAACAUUUUAUUCAAGUAGAUUUAUUACAUUAAAUCUAAUUACAUUUGAACAAUUUCAAACUCAAACAAAUCAAUUAGUUAAUCAAUUUAUAAAAAAUACAGCUCGUUCAUUUAUUAAUUCACUCUUUUUUGCGGAAAAUAUGACUGCAGCAAAUAUGUUAUUAUCUGCAUUUCAAUCAGAUUCAUUACUUUCAUCAGCAUCUCCAUUAUAUGAUUAUAAUUAUUAUCCAGAUUUUUUUUAUCAAUAUGUUUAUGAUCGAACAGAUCAAAUAUAUAAUUCAAAUGAAACUGGAAUUGAUUGUGAUUGUCAAAGUACACCAUGGUGUAUUCAACAAGCAAUUGUUUAUGAUUUAGAUACAACAACAGAACUGUUUUCUCCACCAGGUAUAUUUGUUGGAUGUUAUCUUGUUGAAGCAGUUUUACAAAGUGAUCUAAGAUGUUUCUUCGAUAUUGAUUGUUUACAACAGUUGAUCAAUAGUUUAUCUUUAGAAAAUAUCAGUGUAUCGGAUAUUAUUUUAAAUUCAACAGCAAGUCAUUAUCAAGAAAAAAGUUCUUUAUUAGAAAUUGUUUCAAAUUUAAUGGUUGAAGAAUGGAAUAAUCAAACAUUUUAUGAUAAUUAUUUUAAUAUAUGUCAACCAUCCGUUUGUACAGCAACAUAUAUUAGCCACGGAAAUAUUGUUUAUAUUAUAACAACAACUAUAGGAUUGAUUGGAGGAUUAACAAAAGUCUAUAGAUUUAUUGUACCAAUAUUCUUAAAGAUUAUGGUACGUGUAAUCAUUCCGUUUAUACGAAAAAAAUGUGGUAUGAACAAUAAUGAAGAGAUAUGA